AGCCACAGCCACACACAGUUUCAAGUCGUCGGUCCAAGUGGUGCGCUAUAUCAAAGUUUUGUUCAAGUGCUGCGAGCCGCCUGCCUACCCCCCUCUACUUUAAGAUUCGGUUACGUUUCGUCGAGCAACGGUUAAAAGCGUUAUUACCAAAUACACAACAACAACAACAACAACAACAGCAAAACACAAUGAAGAAAUUUAUAGUUGUAUUUGUGGCAUUAUUCGGAGCCGCUGUCGCCCAACAGAGCUUCAAGUGUCCGGAUGACUUUGGCUUCUAUCCACACGAGACGUCCUGCGACAAGUACUGGAAGUGCGACAAUGGCGUCUCCGAGCUAAAGACCUGCGGCAAUGGCCUGGCCUUCGAUGCCACAGACUCAAAAUUCCUCACGGAGAACUGCGACUAUCUGCACAAUGUCGAGUGCGGCGAACGCACCGAGCUGGAGCCGCCAAUUACCACGCCGCAUUGCUCGCGUUUGUACGGCAUCUUCCCCGAUGAGAACAAGUGCGAUGUGUUCUGGAACUGCUGGAACGGCGAGCCAUCCAGAUACCAGUGCUCACCCGGUCUGGCCUACGAUCGUGAUGCACGCGUUUGCAUGUGGGCCGACCAGGUGCCCGAGUGCAAGAACGAAGAGGUUGCCAAUGGCUUUGCCUGCCCGGCAGCUGGUGAGCUGGCCAAUACCGGCUCGUUCUCCCGUCAUGCACAUCCCGAGGAUUGCCGCAAGUACUAUAUUUGCCUGGAGGGCGUGGCACGCGAAUAUGGCUGCCCCAUCGGCACAGUUUUCAAGAUCGGCGACAGCGAUGGCACCGGCAACUGCGAGGAUCCUGAGGAUGUUCCCGGCUGCGAGGAUUACUACGGCGACGUAGACCUCAAAGCUUUAAAAAAAUUGGGCUUUUAAAUAAUACAAAUAAAAAAUAUGAUAAAAAAGAACAAAAACAAAAAAAAAAAAACAAAGCACACAAAAGCCAAGGCAGUUGGGCCAACAUCCAGAAAUCGCGGCGUAAUGAGCAAGAAGCCAGCAGCCAGGAGCCAAAAGGAGCCAAGGGAGCGAGGAGCGAGAAGCGAGAAGCCGCCAUAACGGCGGGUUGAAAAGGCUUGCCACACAGCGUUAAGUAUGCACAAAGAAUAUUAAGAAAUACUUACACACACACACACACACACAGAGGCACUCGUACACACACACACACACACACACAUAUAUUGUUAAACAGUUGACUUUAAAGACUGAACAAAAGUAGAGACAGCGAAGCCUUAACAAAAUGAUAUAGAAUGAAAGCCCACAAGCCCGCAAAAUGAACGCGAAUCGAACAACAUUAAAGUAUUUAGUAACCAAGACAAUAGCUUAAAGAACAACGCAUGCUAAAUCCGUACAAUAUAUUAUUUUGCUCACAUAUAUUUGGCUUCAUUAGCAUUCGCCAGGAAACCUCAUCCCAAAAAAAAAAAAAAAAAA